AUGGCAUCACCUCCCAACAUCACCCUCUACACAGCCGGCACCGCCAACGGCUUCAAAGUCAGCAUUCUCCUCGAGGAGCUCAACCUCCCGUACAAGAUCCACGCAUUGGACCUUCACGCAAACGAGCAAAAAGAAGCAUGGUUUCUCAAAAUCAACCCCAACGGCCGUAUCCCCGCUAUCACGGACGGCGAGGUCCGGGUAUUUGAAAGCGGUGCCGUCCUGCUCUAUCUUGCCGAUAAAUACGACACGGAACGCAAGCUCAGCUAUGCCCCGGGUACCCCGGAAUAUGCAGAGCAGUUGAGCUGGCUGAUGUGGCAGAUGGGUGGUCUGGGACCUAUGCAAGGACAGGCCAACCACUUCUCAACCUUCGCCACAGUCCGCUCCGACUACGGCAUUAAGAGAUACACAGACGAAACAAAGCGACUGUACUCCGUUCUGGAAUCACGUCUGCAGGAAUCGCCCUACCUGGCCGGCGACAAGCUCACGAUUGCGGAUAUCGCGAGCUUUGCGUGGGUGAUUGUCGGUCCGCUGGUCUUGGACGUGCAGUUGGCGGAGUGGCCGGCACUGAAGAAGUGGAGUGAGGCUAUUGCUGAGAGGGAGGCUGUUCAGAAGGGGAUGAAGACUCCGCCGUCGAAGUUGCCACCGGAUGAGAUGGUUGAGUUUUUGGCGGGGAAGAGGAGGGAGAUUUUGGCGAUGGGGAAUUCGGAUAAGGUUUGA